GUACUAUAAUCGUAGCACUUACUCACCUGCAGCUACAUUAUCCAGUCAACCAACACCGACAUCAAAAUGAUUUUGUUAUCAAUAAUUGCCCUAAAUAUUAUUUUAGCUUUAGUUCUUUUACUGUAUAAUAAGUUAACUAGUGGAUUAUGUAAAUGUAGUAAACAUUUAGUAGGAAAAGUGGUAAUAGUGACGGGAGCCAAUACAGGGAUAGGAUAUGAGACUGCUAAGGACUUGGCGGACCGAGGUGCCAGAGUCAUAUUGGCGUGUCGUAAUGAACAACGCGGAACUACAGCAAGAGAUCAAAUUAUUACUGAAACAGGUAACAAGGAGGUAGUAUUCAAGAAACUCGAUCUAGCUUCAUUUAAAUCAGUGAGAGAAUUCGCUAAUGACGUGUUAAAAACUGAAAAACGUCUAGAUAUUCUCAUCAACAAUGCUGCUUUGUACGGUUCAGAAAACGUAAAGACUGAAGAUGGAUUACUACUGGGAAUGCAAGCCAAUCAUUUCGGACCUUUCCUACUCACGUAUUUGUUAUUACCGUUGUUAAAAUCUUCAGCGCCUAGUCGCAUUAUCAAUGUGUCGUCAUUAGCACACACCAUGUCGAAGAUAGACCUAGACAACUUGAACAUGGAAAAAGAAACAGAAAAAACUUAUAGUGUGAACAAGGUGUAUGCUUUGUCGAAAUUAUGCAAUGUCUUGAUGACAGUAGAACUGGCUCGACAGCUAAAAGGUACUGGAGUCACAGCGAAUUCUCUGCAUCCAGGUGCUGUUUACACUAAUUUAUUGACCACCGUACCAUGGGGCAAGUAUUUUAGAUUUAUUGCUAAGCCUUUUAUGAAAACGUCCUGGGAAGGCGCGCAAACUACAAUCUAUUUGGCAGUUUCACCAGAAGUUGAAGAUGUCACCGGAUACUAUUAUUCUGAUUGUCGUCAAAAACCUACAUCCGAGUUAGCCAGAGACACUGAACUGGCUCAAAAACUUUGGACUGUAUCGGAAAAACUUGUUAAACUGAAAUGAUUUAAAUAUACGAAAUUUUAAACUGA